AUGUCUGCUCUCUGGAAAACCUAUGAUAUUCUCCGUGAUUUUCUGACUGAACGCUUCGUUUACACUCACCUCGAAGCACCUAGGCAAGAUUUGUCUGGGCAAGUCAUUCUCAUUACUGGUGCCAAUACUGGCUUGGGCUUGGAGAAUGCUCGUCAGUUGGUUGUCAUGAAGCCAUCGAAGCUCAUUAUCACAGCUCGUAACACUGAAAAGGGUCAAGCUGCUUUGAAGGAGCUGCAAACGCUUGCUCCUCGCGGCACCAUUGUGCAGCUUGAGCAUCUUGAUUUGUGCUCAAUGGACAGCGUCAACAAGCUCUCGAGCAAGCUGCUGAAGGAAGAAAAGAAAUUACAUGUGCUGGUCCUCAACGCGGGUAUCGGUCACUGCCCAGCUGGCAAGACGGAGGAUGGUUUCGACACCAUGUUCCAGUCCAACAACUUGUCACACUUUCUUCUUGUCGAGAACCUCUUGCCUUUGCUUGACAAAGCCAGCUCUGCAGCUUCUCCAGCGCGUAUCGUCGGUCUGAGUUCUCUGGCCUCCAAGUUUACUUAUUCCUUCUCAGCCGCUGAAGAUUACAAGAAUAUGAAAAACAUGCAGGGCUAUGAGUUUUACAGCACCUCCAAGUUAAUGGUCGUUGUGACAAUGCGUGGUCUGGCUCGACGUUUCGCCAAAGAAGGCCGCAAUAUCACGACCUAUGCCGUGCACCCUGGAACGGUCAACACUGACUUCAAGGCCAAGUAUGACAAUGCCAUUGGUCGCAUCUUUCCAAUUGUGUACGCUCUCGUUGGCAGGCCUUUACCUGAUGGAGCAGCCACGCAGACGUAUGUCGCUUCAGCACCGGAAGUUCAAAACAUCACUGGCAAGUAUUGGUCAAACAUGCGCGUCACUCAAAUGAAUAUCAUUGCUGAGAGCGAUGAAUUGUGCGAUGAAUUUGUUGGCAUUUGCGAAGCGUUGGUGAAGAAGUACCAGAUUAAGCAGUAA